AUGUCUACCGUGAUUGUCAAGUUAAGGACUCUAAGAACGACUCCUACGAGCGAUGCAGACAUUGUUGUGCAAUUGAGCCGACCUUUAAUUGCUUCAGGGGGUAUCAGAAGGGCUGCAGAUGAAGCUUGGGCUAUCUAUGAACAAGCCUUCCUUGCUGCUCUUGAGGUUGGAGAUGAUGUCUUCGCAUCGACAUGCUUAACGCGACUGAGUGACCGAUUCCCUACGAGUCCUAAGAUCAUCGCUCUACGGGGAUUAUUGUUGGAAGCACAAGAUAAGAUUCAGGAGGCGUUUGACUACUAUGACGAGAUGCUCAAGGAGGACGAAUCGAAUGUGCCCGUGAUGAAGCGCCGCGCAGCACUAUUCAAAUCAACCGGGAAGCCUGAGGAGGCCGUGACAGUCUUAACAAAGCUCCUGGACUCGGUACCGAAUGACUCCGAAGCAUGGUCAGAAGUCGCCGAACUUUACAUCCAGCUUAGAAUGCACCAACAAGCCGCGUUCUGUUUGGAGGAACUACUGGUGCUCAACCCGCAUGCGCAUACAGUUGCUGCACGAUACGCAGAGCUUGCAUUACAGAUGGGUGAUUAUGCCUUGGCAAUGAAGGAGUUUUGCAGAGCGGUUGAGUUGUGCGAUGGAUACGAGCGUGGUCUUAUUGGCAUCUUUGAGUGUUCGCAACGUCUUCAGGGGAAGCUCCAAGGGGUUCGUCCGGCGACGGCGGUACAGCGCAAACACGAGACAGAUGGAGCGGCGACGGCACCGAUAGAUGAGAAGACGGUGAAGGCACUAGGCAAGAUGGCGAGGGAAGAGCUGGUGAGAAUUGGGAAUGAGAAAUAUGGAGCCGAUGACGAUGACGCGGGGAGCAAGAAAUCGCGAUGA